AUGUGCAGCCAGAUACCGUUCUUCGAAAAGGCCUGCAAGGAAGGGGUAUUCAAGGUGAGAUUUCCGGGUGAGAAGCUCCGCAAAGGCAUCGAUAUUGAUUGCUUAAUGAAUAAACAGGAGGGCCACGAGCGUAUGGUUGACCUCAGCCAUGAUGAAUGCCCCGCAAUCAAUGCAAUGAUUCAAUACGCAUAUGCUGGAGACUAUGAGUCCGAAGACCAUAUCAAUCCCGGCAGCCAAGCGCUGUUUCACGUUCAGGUCUACGCCAUCGCCUCAAAGUAUAACCUCUCAGGCUCGCAGGAGAUAGCCGGCAGGCGCUUCGAGCCCGUGGUCAAGAAAGGCUGUUAUGACCUCUACGAUUCGUGCUACUCGAGAGACCAUCAUCUCCGGGACAUCGUUGUCGAGAUCAUGAUCGAACACCAGCCUGCUUUCGCUGCGAAAGGUGACGAGAACAUGAUGGACGAUUUGCUGGAGGAGCUCGGGGCAUUUGCUCGUGACUGCUUCGCUAGGCUAAGCAAGAAGACCAAAGAUGAACAAGAGAAGGCCUUCAAGGACACAACCGGUUGA